GUCAAAAACUUGAGAGAGCUCUCUCCACAUAAAAGAUUAUGAACUGAGGACAGUCCGGGUCAGAGUAUCCUCAUCAAUCGGUGCGUUCACAUUCAUUCCACGGAAAAGAAAUCGAAUUCCCUGUAACAAAAGGAUAGUUUUCCAUCGGGUGAGAAGACUGGCAAUUUCCACGAACAUCGAGAAUCAUGGAAUAUCUCUCACAAUCAAAGGAUUUCGAGCGCCGCUUGCAACAUCUUGAGACGACGUUCGCCAAGACUUCCCAGUCAAGUCAUGAGGGGGCGUUGUCUUUCCCUCCCACGGGUCCAGGCAAGAAUUUAGCCAGAUUCGGGACGGAUAAACUUGAGAAAUCCGAUUCUUGCAGUGCCUUCUCAGACCGGAAACAUUUCUGUCGACAAAAGUCAUUUGCACCCAGUUGCAAGUCCGAUGGCGGAGAUUCAAAUGUGAUGAUCCAUCCCGAUCUGUUUCCAAGGUGCACCUCCACCUCCACCAUGAGCAGUUUGGACGCUUCAGAGAUACAUCCAAGAUCCCGCCUCCAAACUUAUAGCUCACGAGAUACACAGGAUAUCGUGGAUGAGGAUGAGGACGAGGAAGAAGAGGAAGAUGUGGCAGCAGCCUUCAUCGAGGCGAAAUUGAAGUCGAAUGAAUCGCAGACCGAUACUAUCGACCUCUUGGCCAAAAUGGCCUCAUGGCGGUUCAAUGAUCAACGAUGUGAACUCCCACGUCGUUCCACCAUGACUUCGCUCAAAGAGAGAGAGGAACCCGACAAAGAAAUCGAAAGUCGAGGUUCCAGUUUACAUGAACGCGCUAGUCUGGGCAAAGGAGACACUCCGGCGAAAAAGGGGGUGUUCCGUGGGCGUUGGUGCGCUCCUAGGAAACCCAAGAGAGAGGGCUCUCCAUUACUAAUGAAGCGAUCAAAAAGUCGUGGAGUUAAGCCCUCUGGAAGUCUCACCUCUGUUUUGAAGCCCUCUUUAUUAGAACAAACCCAGACCUCGUGUUCGUCUUCACCUUCGUCAUCUUUCAAGUUCCGCUCGGUGGAUAGUUCACCGAAUUUACUUCGGAAGAUGGAGACUCGACUCCGUCGGGGUGGGAGUGGUGGGGUGGGCAGCGCGGGCAGUGGAGGCGGGUGCGGGAGUGUCGGCGAUGGAGGAGGAGGACCAAGAGGAGGAAGCUACCCCUCACACAUUCUCGGGGAAGGGGUUCAGGGCUCUAAUCGAGUUAUGAAAGACCGAUCAGCCGUGGCGAGUCGAUCCGAGUUGUUUGAGCUGAUUGAUCGUUUACAAUCUUCUCGACUUGAUGACCAACGAUGCUGCAUGCCUCCCCUGCCUGCCAAUGGCGUGGGUUCCGACGGUCAUAUGUUACUGGCAGGUCAAUUUAAGGGCCCCACGGAGAAUGGGAGCCGAAAUCCAACGUCCAAGAUCCUGUUGAGUGAAAUCCUCAAACAACCACCACCCUACCCCAUGGUGGUUUUGCCCAAAUCAGGAGGUUACUGGGUUGAUCCACCCUCACAAGCUGAGGCAUUCGCCCGGGCCACCUCGGCUUUGUCUGCUCCUUCAGGGGAUAUCUAUGCUCGGGUCACGCCCAAAGUGGAUGUCGUGUUCGAGACAGACGAGACAGCACGUAACUAUCGGGCCCAUUUCCUUGGCUACGAACACUAUAAUUUUUGUGCCAUCGACGAUAAUUUCGGCCCAGUGGUCAUCUCGCUCAAGACUUACAGUGAUGGCGUCAGCGCUGGCUCAGCCGAGACCAACGUCGACUCUUGCGUGACGAAGACGGUGAGAAACAAUCAUCCCGACAAUGCUCGAAAUGGCACUCACACCCGGAUCAUUGUCCGAUUAAGCUCGGGCACCACACACCGCUUGCUCUCACACAAGGAUUUGCCCAAUGACCUGUCUCCGGUGAAAUUGGCCCAACACGUUGUUAAGGAUCUCACAAUCGAGCGACUAUCUCCCAUCCUGUGCCCUAAGGCAUCCGAAGCCCUCGUCAAUUACGAUGAGCAUGUCUUGGUGAAUAACUUCAAAUUUGGACUCAUUUACCAGCGCAGUGGUCAAAUCACCGAAGAGGCCAUGUUCGAGAAUAGGACUCAUUCGCCUGCUUUGGAUGAGUUCAUUGCCUUGAUGGGAGACCGAAUCAAUCUCGCUCAACAUAAAGGAUAUCGGGGUGGUCUCGACACCCAAUAUGGUCAAACGGGCGACGAAUCCCUUUUCGAAGUGUUUCACGGUCGGGAAAUUAUGUUCCAUGUUUCCACCAUGCUCCCCUACACGGAAAAUGAUCUGCAACAGCUUCAAAGGAAGCGUCACAUCGGAAAUGACAUUGUGGCCAUCGUAUUUCAAGAUGGAAACACGCCCUUCACACCCAACAUGAUCACCUCCCACUUUUUGCAUGCCUACAUUCUUGUGCAACCUAUUGACCCCUGCUCAGCCAAUACCAGGUAUAAAGUGAGUGUUACUGCCCGAAGCGAUGUGCCCUCAUUCGGCCCCAACCUCCCCUCUCCACCCAUUUUCCCUCGGGGACCGCAACUCAAAGAAUUUCUCCUCACUAAGCUCAUCAAUGCUGAAAAUGCAUGCUACAGAUCCGAGCGAUUCUCCUCGCUGCAAAAACGUACCCGUCAAACGCUUUUGACCAACUUGGUGGGUGAGCUCCAACGACAAACAGAGAUCUACACAUCACCCUUCCCCUACAAAGAGGGAUUGUGCAAGGUGCCAUUGUUGGACCCCGCCAAUAGCUCCAGUUUCAUUUCAUCUGUCAAGAAAGCUUUAACCAACAGAUCCAAAAGUCAGGGCCCUCCAGAGGGACGGUUCAUGAAAAUCACUCGGGGAAAGUCGUCAACCUCGAUUCCAAAUUCCGAGUUCUCACAUGGAGUGGAGCUCCUGUCCUCCACCAUGGCCAGCUCAUCCUCGUCCAGGACAUCUUUUCCUGGGUCUGUAUGCUCCGCCACAAUUGCCAGUUUACCGGGAAACACAAGGCUACCCGUAAAGAUUCCAAUUUUGCCUGGACACUCCGGUGACUCGGGGCAUGGGGACAGUGACAAUAGCAUUAGCUCUGGUAGUCCCGCAUUACCAAGCAGUGUCAAUGGAACCGUUGAUCGGAGUCGAAGUAUGGAGAGGUUGACGGCAGGCCAUUUGCGGCACAAGCACCAUCAUCACCAUCACCACCAUUGCGACGAUUCAGAUGAAUCCUCGCUCAGCUCGUCAAUAGACCCUAUGGAUAGCGGGUACAAGCGCUUGUCGGCCUCAAAUUCUCCACCCUCAAUAUCUCGAGGUCGAUCUGUUUCCCCGCGACCAAACAACAAUCGGCACCACGCCGUUCCUUCUUCAUCCUCCUCACCCCAUGACCACCAAUCCUCCGCCUCAGCCUCUUACUUCCAAGGUGAGGUGUUUAUCAAUGGCAAUGGCAGACCUCACUUCAACCACGAACAUGCUCCCCAUACCACCAUCAUCUCCAUGCAUGCUCCGGAUACACCCACCAAUUAUGAGAUUGAUCCCAAUUGUCAAAGUGUGGUUUCGGGCCCUGUCACCAUGAUUACCCUGGAGGGCGACGCUGUGGCUGGGCAACUUGAAAAACUCCAAGAAGAGAUAUCCAAGCUCAGAAUGGACAAACUGGAGCUUCUCCGUCAGAAUGUUUCUAGUCAACACGAAGUCCGGCGACUUCGCGAACGGGAGCUGCAACUUCAAGCCGACUUGAACACGGCCAGUCGUGAGAUCAACCGCCUCCGAGAUGGAAUGAAGCGAUCCCCGAACAGAACCCUCCCCACCACCCCGUGCCCGUCCUCGUCCUCGUCACCUCCCUCGAUCACGGCCUCAAUCCACCACUCCCCCAUUUCGCCCACCAACACGUCACGGAUUAUCAAAAGAAGAAUGUGAUGCGCUGUUAUCAGGUCGUUGUUUUACUUUCAAACCAGGAUCUAGUCAAAAAGCCCCGUCGUCUCUUCUGCCUUUGUGGCCAUUAUCCAUGAUUGAAUGAAUGAAAGAAUGAUGUGAGAUAUGAAUUUGUUAUCGUGUGCCCAAGCUGAGACGGUUAAAUGAUGUUCAAUUCCAGUCAAUAAAUAAUACAACGAAAGAAAACCAUUGUUCUUCUGCCCCUCUGGUUGAUUAAGCAUUGGA